AUGGAUCCAAACCCCGAUCAAAAUCCAGACCCAGAUCCAAGUGCAGACCCACAUGUGGAUCCAAACCCCGAUCUAAAUCCAAAUCCAUAUCCAAAUGCAAAUCCAGAUGUGGGCCCAAACUCUGAUCAAAAUCCAGACCCAGAUCCAUGUGCAGACUCACAUAUGGAUCCAAACCCUGAUCAAAAUCCAGACCCAGAUCCAUGUGCAGACUCACAUAUGGAUCCAAACCCCGAUCAAAAUCCAGACCCAGAUCCAAGUGCAGACCCACAUGUGGAUCCAAACCCCGAUCUAAAUCCAAAUCCAUAUCCAAAUGCAAAUCCAGAUGUGGGCCCAAACCCUGAUCAAAAUCCAGACCCAGAUCCAUGUGCAGACUCACAUAUGGAUCCAAACCCUGAUCAAAAUCCAGACCCAGAUCCAAGUGCAGACCCACAUGUGGAUCCAAACCCCGAUCUAAAUCCAAAUCCAUAUCCAAAUGCAAAUCCAGAUGUGGGCCCAAACCCUGAUCAAAAUCCAGACCCAGAUCCAUGUGCAGACUCACAUAUGGAUCCAAAGCCCGAUCAAAAUCCAGACCCAGAUCCAAGUGCAGACCCACAUGUGGAUCCAAACCCCGAUCUAAAUCCAAAUCCAUAUCCAAAUGCAAAUCCAGAUGUGGGCCCAAACCCCGAUCAAAAUCCAGACCCAGAUCCAUGUGCAGACUCACAUAUGGAUCCAAACCCCGAUCAAAAUCCAGACCCAGAUCCAAGUGCAGACCCACAUGUGGAUCCAAACCCCGAUCUAAAUCCAAAUCCAUAUCCAAAUGCAAAUCCAGAUGUGGGUCCAAACCCUGAUCAAAAUCCAGACCCAGAUCCAAGUGCAGACCCACAUGUGGAUCCAAACCCUGACCUAAAUCCAGACCCAGAUCCAAGUGCAGACCCACAUGUGGAUCCAAACCCUGACCUAAAUCCAGACCCAGAUCCAAGUGCAGACCCACAUGUGGAUCCAAACCCCGAUCUAAAUCCAAAUCCAUAUCCAAAUGCAAAUCCAGAUGUGGGUCCAAACCCUGAUCAAAAUCCAGACCCAGAUCCAAGUGCAGACCCACAUGUGGAUCCAAACCCCGAUCUAAAUCCAAAUCCAUAUCCAAAUGCAAAUCCAGAUGUGGAUCCAAACCCUGACCUAAAUCCAGACCCAGAUCCAAGUGCAGACCCACAUGUGGAUCCAAACCCUGAUCAAAAUCCAGACCCAGAUCCAAGUGCAGACCCACAUGUGGAUCCAAACCCUGAUCUAAAUCCAGACCCAAAUCCGAGUGCAGACCCACAUGUGGAUCCAAACCCUGAUCUAAAUCCAGACCCAAAUCCGAGUGCAGACCCACAUGUGGAUCCAAACCCUGAUCUAAAUCCAGACCCAGAUCCAAGUGCAGACCCACAUGUGGAUCCAAACCCUGAUCAAAAUCCAGACCCAGAUCCAUGUGCACUCACAUAUGGAUCCAAACCCCGACCUAAAUCCAGACCCAGAUCCAAGUGCAGACCCACCUGUGGCCCAGCCCUGAUCCAAAUGCGGAUCCAAAUCCAGACACCUUCCCGAAUCCAAACCCGGACACAGACCCGGCUCCAAAUCCGGAUCUAA